AUGCAUAUUGGAGAGAUUAUUUCAGCGAUCAACCUUGUCAUUUCCUUCUGCUUUCUGGUUUUUGGGGCGAUGGUGCUUACGUGUUUAGACGAGCUCGAGCGCGGACAAAACUUGAAUAUGUGGUGCAAGGAUACCGAUGAAACGACUGGGGUUGUUUUAAUCUUAGCCGGAAUGGGCUGUUUAGCCAUCUAUGUCUACAUUUCUGGAGCCGAAGAGAUGAUCACACAAUAUAUCAACAAAGGACCAGCGUCCAAACUUUAUAAGGUCUAA